AUAAGCACUUCCUGGUGCGCGGUGUUAGCAGUAGAUUGUGAGCUGGUUAUCAGUCAGACUUCCCGUUACAGGGCGCUGCUUUCGGAAACCACUAGUUUGUGUAAUUAGUGUGUAGAAUGCAGGCAGGCCGGAGUCCUGAACUGACAGGUUUUAUUACAGGGAAAUGUUUAGAGUUGAGUUAAUAAACCUCAGACACACACAGAGAAGCGUUAGCUUAGCCUUGCUCACGUUAGCUUAACCUAGCUCACAUUAGCCAAACAGCCGGCUGUGUCUCAAAUCUGUUUAACACAUUUUUGUUUUAAACGAGGAUUUAACUUUUUAUCCUGAAUCAUGGGAGCCUGGCGAAAAGACCCAUAAGGUACAAAGUCUUGGCUUUUUGAUCACCGUGGAGACGCCAUGGAGCCAGACGUGAUCCACAUGUACUCGUCCUCUCCUCCACCCUUGGAGGACGGUGCCGACGAGGACGACGACGAGUUCAGCGACUUCACUGGCGUUCCCAACAGUGUCAGCUUCACAGAAUUUGAGACACCCACCACGUUCAAUCAGCUGCAGGCACUGAACGCGACAUCGCCCCCGGAGUUGAUUAGUAACGGGCGAGUUGUUGGACUUAACGGACCAGCGGUAUCGAAUGGUGGCCAGGGGAUUGCCCCGACUUGCAGGACUGUCAGCGUGGACGAGCUCAAAAAGGUUACAGAACGUCCACAUGGGGCUUACACAAACUUUUCAGACUUUCCGGGAAAUGCCUGGACAGGUAGUGAUGCUGUGGACUGCAAUGGAAGAGUUAGCGAAGUUCUCACGAAUGGCUUUGCAAAUGUUGGCACAGAGGGAACUCCUUCCUCACCCCACAUACACAGGGAAAUGCAUCCCUCAGGGGGUGACUGUCCCGAUGCAGUUAUCAGUGACGAUGAGGAUUUUGCAGAUUUUGCUGCUUUUUCAAAUGCUGACAUUCCCAGUGAUACUGACAGUAUUGUGACCUGGGAAAAUUCAAACCAUGACGCGAGACUAGCACAAGACGACCAGCCGCAAAGAGAGGAAAAUCAUGAAGCUGGCAUAGCUGGCAUAGCUGGCAAAGCGGUGGACAAUGACGUGGACAAUUGUGUAACAGGGUUUGCCUCAUUUGCAGAGGCUUCAGAUCACCUUAGCAAUGGAGAUGGGUUUUUCUAUGCGAGGAAGAGUAAUGGACAAAGGGAUCAGGACACUGAGCCUGCAUGUCAGGACUCAAAUACUACUGAGUCUGUUGGCACAGAGCAACGGAUAUCGCAGGAUGGUUUGGAUGUUAAAGAAAGGAUGGAUAACAGGGUGUCCCCCGUCUCCAUGGAUGAAAGAGGUAGCAGCGGUGAGCCGACGGAAGAGAAGGUGUCUGGGAACGACACUGAAACGGAGACCGAAACGGAGACAUCUUUCGGUCGGCCUCUGUCCACGGAAGCACUCGAGGAAUUCGGGGAUUUCAGUACAACAGGUUCAGUACCUUCACCUCCACUACAGGAAGAGACAGCCACUCCUGCUGACCAUAGCCAGCUGGCUGAAGAUGAUGAUGAGGACUUUGGAGAUUUUGGUGACUUUGGGGAUACCAGUUCCUUUGGAGGUGCUGGCUUUGCUGAUUUUGACAAUCAGGGGGCAGCACCAUACACUGCACCUUCGGAAUCGAUCAAACCUUCACAGAGCCAAAACAACCCGGAAAUCACGUGCGCUGACAAGAAUGAGUUUGAUGACUUUGAUGUGCACGGACAACCUGGCAAGACAGCGCGAGACAGAGAGGAGGAGGUGGAGACCGCCGAGUUUCCGGGUAGUGACAGUUUUGCUGACUUUACUGCAGCACCUGUUGAUGGUGAUGCUGACGAUAAUGGGGGGUGGCAGGCGUUUGGUGAGUCAAGCAAGGAUGCGGGGGUGUCCUGGGCAGCAUUCAGUCAGGACCAGGGCUCAAACUUUUCAGAGAAGAGCGAAGACGACUGGCACGAAAGCCGACCUGUCACAGCACCACCUACUGGCGGUGAUGAAGAAUGCAGGAAAGACAGCUUUAUGGUGUCACUUGUCAGCAGGUUGGAGAAGCUUUUCCUGGCCAGUUUUCUGGAGAUCUCCUUUCCUCACAUAGAGGAAGAUGUGCCCCCUCUUACAGCUUACCUAGAGCCAUGCGAGGGAGGAGAAAAGCGAGACAACCAGCCAGCACCAAUCAGUAGAGGAGUGCAGGGCGUGUGGCUGCAGCUGCAGGACAUCCACAGUGCCUUUGGUCUGAGGUAUCAGUGGGGCGGCUCACACAGUAACAAAGCUCUGCUCUGCUCACUGGGCAUCGACACACGGAACAUACUGUUCACAGGUCAGAAGAAGCAGCCCGUUAUCGUACCCAUGUAUGCGGCAAGUCUGGGAAUGCUGGAACCCACUAAAGAGCCGGUGAAGCCUGUUUCUGCCGCCGAGAUGAUCGCCUCCAUAGCGCAGUCUCCCUCUGUGUCCACAGAGAUGAGCACCUGCCCCACCGAUGCAGCACAGGACUCCCUCCCACCGGUGCAGUUUGACUGGAGCAGCAGUGGCCUUACAAACCCUUUGGAUGCGAGUGGAGGUUCGUCUCUGCUGAAUCUGGACUUUUUUGGCCCGGUGGAAGAGUCACCCUCCAGUACCGCUACCUCCAUACCAGGUGUCGACCCUGAGCUGUACGAGCUGACCCAGGCUAAGCUGGACGUUAACGGAGGCAGCAGCAGAGUAGUGGAUGCGUUCGCUCGCCUCAUGUCCACUGUGGAGAAGACCAACACGUCCACCAGGCGGGUGCAGACGCAGAAGGAGGAGAACCUGAGUGAAGAGGCUCGGCGUGUCAUCUCCAUUCUGCCUGAUCUCUCCUUCAUGCAGGCCAAAGUGCUAAUGUUCCCCUCCACACUCACUCCUCUUCCUCUCUCCACCUGUUCCUCCAUAUCCCCCUCUCCCAUCCCAGACUGAUCCCCCCCCCCCCCACGUCUUUUGUCUUUGGUUCACUUUAGCUCAGCUUGUUGGAAUCACUUUAAGUUUGUUGUGUGUACCUGAGCGAAGUGGAGCAGAGUGUUCAGUAUCUAGAGGUGAGGACGAAUCUGUAUUGGGGAUGCACCCGUCCUGUUAACUCACAAUGCGCUACAUCAUUCAGCUACAAGCCUGAUCAUGUGACGUGUUAGCUCGCUCUCUGUCAGACCUGACCAUUGGUUUUAAUUCCAGUGUCUCUCACACACGUACACAAACAAACUCUUCCUGUCCUUUUUUUGUCAGUUUGUGCUGCACAUCUCGUUUUCACGAUGUUACCAAUCAGUUUUUGCCAUAGCCCCACCCACACCACCCCCUUGGUGCUCUAGACUUCUAUCAUGUCCCUGAUCCCAUAACUUAACUCUACACUGGUACAGCUCUCUUACUGAUCCACAUAGCUGAGAUAAUCUGUCUGGCCCCGCCCCCUCAGCUAUCUGGAUCAGUCUGUCUGACCCCACCUCAGCUAUGUGGAUCAGUCUGUCUGGCCCCGCCCACUCAGCUAUCGGGAUGAGUCUGUCUGGUCCCACCCCCUUAGCUAUAUGCUGCAGUUUGCUUGACCCACCCUGUAGUUUUACAUAAAUUUCAUACUUCAAAAACAGCAACUUGGCGAGCUGUCCAACCCCCCCCCCCCCCACGCCCUGUCCAAUAGUUGUAAUCAUGUCAUUGCCUUUCAGUGUGAUUUCCAGAAGUUUAUAAAUCUCGAGUCUUCUCCACGACAUACAGCAGCACUCGGUAUCAGAUCGGUGCAUCCCUAAUAUCUCCAGCAGAGUUCUCUCCGUUCUAGAGGUUCAGCGUGUAUAUAAUCAGGGAUAAGACUUCUUUUUCCAUUCUAGGUUUUGUUUAUGGUUCGGUAUGAUUCCAGCUGUGUGUGUGUGUGUGAGUGAGUGAGUGUGUUAAUUAUCAUUUUGCUGAGGAAACACUGGUUAAAAGUCCUUCAACGAAGGCAAAUAGUGACAUGAAAUCAAUGAAAGAUGUAUGUAAUAGACUUGAAACCAUACUGCCUGCAAAAUUCUGCUGGUUGAUUUAUUAUUGUUAUUAUUUUUAAAUCAGUUUGAAAGGCCUUAGGUUUUAAUCAUUUUAGUCAAUAUAAUUAUGGGUAUAAUUAACGUUUAGUUCGGAGCUUCGGUUAGUUAGGAUUAUGUUUUUUGGGGGUUUAACAUGUUCACUGUAUCCAGCACGUCUGCGUUCUGUCCGUCACUGCAGCUUUUAUUAUCGCUGUUGUUUUAAACUCUUAAAGGUGAAACCACUGUAAUGUGACCCAUGUAAUGAAGGCAUCAUGAUUUGACUUGAAGUACUUUAGCCAAUAAGGGACCAAUAGUAUGCAUUUACCUUUUAAUUUAGCGUCUUAAACACGCUCGCUCUGGCCGAGCAUCAUGGGAAAUGUGCACAAAAGCUGUUCCUUUACCUGUUUGCUUUUUUUUUUCUAAUUUUUUUUGUUUCAUGCCCCCCCACUGUGUUGUCCUGUCUGUCUGUCUUUCUGUGUGGAAUUUUGCACAUUGUAAAGCUGUAAUGGAAGUACUACUAAAAUCAUGUAGGUGUACAGUAAGACUGUGGAAAAUGUACAAAAACGGAUUGUUACGGGGAAAUUCCUAUGGAAACACAAUCUUACUGAUGAUCUGGUGUGUGUGUGUGUGUGUGUGUGUGGAGGAAAAAAAGAGCCCUGCCCCCCCCUCAAGGUUGGAUUGAGCAUGCUCGGGCUCUUUUGGACGAAAAUCUUUAAGUGUGUAAAUUUUCUUUUAGUGUACACAAGGAAUUAAAAUAAUUUAAGAGA